AUUAAAUGAAUCCAAUAGUAGGCAAUAAUGUUGGAUCAGAUUAAGGUGCUAUUUAAGCUGCUUUUCCAGGAGAAUACAAAGGAUUUGCUCCAAUUGGAAGAGGUUCUUAUGCAAAAGUGUAUAGAGCGGAAGAUAAUUAUGGACAGACUGUGGCUAUAAAGGUAGAAUACUAUAAUAAUUAUAAAUAGGUUAUAGAUGUAAGAAAUAUGUAAAAGGAGAUAAUUCCUUAUAUGUAAAAUGAAAUGAAAUUAUUAUCAGAAAGUGAUAAUAAAAAUGUAAUUAAGUUGUUCAAAAGUCAUUAAUCUCCUGAUAAAUUGAUUUUGGUUCUUGAAGUACUAUUUUUAAAUUGAAAUAUAGUAUUGUUUCUUAGAUGUUGAAUUUAUGGUGAAAAGAUAUUAUAAAGGAAAAUUACCCGACAAUUUGGUAAUAAUCAUAUUGAGAUAACUUGCAAAUGGAUUAUCUUAUUUACAUAAGAAUAAAAUAAUUCACCGAGAUUUAAAAUUAGAGAAUUUUGCUGUUUAACUUACUGUAGAAGAUUAAGAUGCUUUAUAAAAGAGAAAUGAUUUGACAGUGUUUGAGAGAGCCACUUAUAAAUUAAUCGAUUUAGGAUUAGCUAAGAAAUUGGGAGAUCUUACAGCUUAAACAAGUACAUGGGCAGGAACAGAAUUAAAUAUGGGUAUUAAAAAUUAAUUAUAAAUAAAGCUCCUGAAAUUUUAAAUGAAGAAAAAUAUUCUUUUCAAGCCGAUAUGUAUAGUUUAGGAGUGUGCUUAUAUUAUAUGGUUGCUGGCAAAUAUCCAUAUUUUGAUCCUACUAAUAGAACUCCACUCUAAGAUUUAAUUAAAUAAGAAAAUGCUGAUCUUAAUCUAAUACCAAAUAUUUAAUUGAGAAGUCUGAUUCAAAAAAUGCUUAAAUUUAAUCCAAAAUAAAGACUGACCUUUUAAGAAUUAUAUUAACAUGAAUUUCUUAAAUAUAGAGAAGGAGAUUUAAUGAAUCCACUUGAUUUAGAAUUAGAUUCAAAUUAAGUUAUAUACUCUCAAAGAAUUGAAGACUCCACUUUUGAAGAUGUUCGAACAGAAUAAUAACUAAUAUAAUAAUAUACAACAAAUUAAUAUCGAAUAGAUUAACAAUAAACAUUUGAAAAAAAAAGUGAUGUUAAAUAAGAUUUUUCUUCAUCAUAAUAACAAUAAUAUUGUAAUUUUGUAUAACCUGAUACUGAAAUUUAAUAAUAUCCAAUUAUAAGCUCUGAAUAUAAAAAUGUAUUUCCCAAUAAUACUUAUGAUCCAAUUAAGAAAUAAAAUGAUUAAAUCAUGCAACUAUAUCAUAUUAAAAAUUAAUAUGCAGCAAUUAUGAAAUUGGCUGAUUAUCUUGAAUAAAUAAUACCGAUUGUAAAAGGAACUAAACUUGAUUUUUUUACAAUGGAAUCCAAAUUUAAUAUGUAUAUUGAGUAUCUGAGAAUGGUUUCAAAAUAACUUUACUUAAAAUUAAAAUAGAGAUUCUAAUUCUAUUAACCUAGCUUAGGGUCUUUUGAUAGAUAUUAGUUAUUAGAAAAACAAGUAAAAUAGGAAGAUUAAAUAAAAUUUGAUAACAUUAAAAUUAAAGAAGGAGAUAGUAGUGGAAUGAUUUCAUGGUUUAAUAAAAAAGUUUUUAAAUCUAUUAAAUGCGAACCCCAUGAUUCAUUGAACUUUAAUUAGCAAUAUUAAUAAAAUAAUAUUGAAUUGUAUAAAGAAUUGUUAAAGAUGUUAUAGGAUACAUUUUAUAAAUAUUAAGAUGACUCAGAUCCUAAAUUAAAAAGAAUAAAAUGUUUACUUUAUUUAUCCAUGAUAAAUACAGCUAGAUCUAGAGUUUUAUUUUAGGUAGAAUUAUAAAAUGUUGAUUACAAAGCUGAAGAACUUUUAUUAACUAAGGCUCGUGAUGAACCAGAUACUCUAUCAGAAAAAGUCACAUCUAUUUUGGCUUAAUACAAUUUAAAUUAUGACUGAUCAA